ACAAAUGGAGCCACGAACGCCAAGCUGUCAAAGUCCUCAAAAUGUGACCGGCAAGGGGCAUUUCAAGGACCGACAUGCCUGGGCAGAAAAGAAAAUACAACGUUCGCUUCCCGCCUGGCCGCAUUAAGAAGAUAAUGCAGAAAGACACGGAGGUCGGACGCAUGGCCACAGCUGUGCCUGUUAUCAUAUCUAAAGCUUUGGAAAUGUUCUUGUUGUCAUUUCUCACCAAGACCAGCUUAAUCACCCAGUCAGCGAACAGCAGGGUCAUGUCCAUUAACCAUAUGAAACGGUGCAUCGAGUCAGAGAAGCUGUUUGACUUCUUGAAGGAACUUGCAGAACGAACCCAUGGCACGUCAACGCCACAGGAGGGCAAGGCCAAAGGAAAGCGUGCAAGGCACAGGAAAAAGUGGCACAGCACGUCCAUCAACACCAAGUCAUCUGGCAUGGAGGAUCUGGCCAAGAGGACAAACCAGCCAGAAGUGAACAGCAACUCCUCCAGUGUAGGACGCACUUUGAUAACCUUCGACACAAAGCGCUGCGUUCCUCUCAUGUUCUGCGAUGUUCUCUUGUGGCCUUGCGAUCUAUAGCAAGGAUUCAGUAACUGCCCCAUUGGCACUUACCACAUAACAGUGGUUUUAAUUCGGAAUUUAACCUGUGAGUGGAGAAGGUGAUCUCACAUUGGGAAUGAUGUGAUUACUGUUCAUCAGGAGUCUGAGCUCGUCAUCUGCAUGGAGACGGAGUCACCCUCGUAGCAGCUGGCUGAAAUGGUGAGUCUCGCCCUCUCAACGGUCACUGCUUCUCCUUAUAUGUCAAGUCUUUCACUGCCUCACAUACUUGUUAUAGGGCAGGCUCCAUCUGAAAAUAAAUGUGUUCUAAGUGAGAGAUUUUACACCACGUAUGCCACAUGAAGAACCAAUGUGGGCUGUUGCACUAUUAUUUUAUUUCUGUAGACAUCUCUGUAGCCCUCCAGUCCUGCUCGCUGAACGCUGCAGCAAUGCUUAUGAAGACACAACAAAUCCUUUUCUUUUUAAUAUUUCCCCCCAUUUUAAUUUGUGAAUUGUUUUUUGCUCUGGAGGUAUAAUUAAAAUGCCACCCCCGAACAAACCUGGAGUAGAUCGAUGAAACCAGAAAGUGUAGCAGUAGCUUUUUGAGAAAGUACUAAUGGAAAAACACAUCUUGAGGUUAGUGACAUUCGUAAGUUUUAAAUGCUUGUAGUGAAAAGACUUUGUUUAUUGUACAAGAGAGAGAUGUUUUUUCCUGUGUUGAGAACUGCUGAAUAUUGGUUCUAUUUUUCUGUUGGAUUCAUAAUUGUUGUUUAACCUGUAACGUUUCUUAGAGCUCUCAAAACUCGUUUCUAAGACAUGUUAGGUGCGUGCCACAAAUGUUGUUUUAAUAUUUACAGUAGUGUGGAUGUUGCACAAUUAUCUGCCCUUAAAUGAACUGAUCACAUCACCAUGACUACAUCAAAACUGAGGAAGAAUCUCCUGCUCCACCAGCAGCUACUGCAAAGGCAGCGCGCAGAAUGUCACAGGAUCACAUGGGUCAUUUUAUUUAAAGAAAGUGAAUGAAAAUUUCAUGUUUACAAACCGUGGAGCUGAUGCCAAGGUCAAAAUAAAUAAAGUCAGAUUUCUAUAAACCUGGAGUGAGUCCUUGUUUAAAACCAGAACCUCCCCCCUCCCCCCUCAGGGCUGGCUCUAUAUAUCCCUUUGUCUUGUAAGCCAAUGCGGGCAGGGGGGGGGGCUUUUGGACACAGACUUUAGUGAAGUCUCUCCAACACAGAGCACAGGCUCGCCAAGGAUGCAUGCUUUUAAAACAAUAAAAGUAGCAUUAACAAGGACAUUUAUUAUGAUAAAAACACACCGCAUCAUGAUGUUGACAUCUCGAGAAUUGAAGGCAGAGCUUGCUUAAAAUUUUCCCCCAUUUGCUUAUGAUCAGAAACUUAAUUUAUUGGUUUCACAGAGUCUGUUUAUUCUGCUUGUCUUCCACGCCAUCGAAAGCAAUAUCCUAUAUAUAU